AAAUCAUCCGCCCCCUAGCGGUCGUUGGCGUGAACAACUUGUAAAAUACUUUGUGGUAAAAUAAGCAUAUUCGCUGUUCUUCCUCUCUCAGUAUCCUUUCUUUCUCUGUCAAUAUCAAUAUAGCCACUGUUUUCUUAAUAAUAAAAUAAAAUAAACGCCCGUUAGCUGCCGUUGACUCUUCUAAUGUCUUUACUAUGCAAUGAUAAAAACUCGGCUAGUAUUGUUAGAUAAACUCUGCUUGAUGGCAAUUUUAUUUCUGUAGAGUAUCGAAUAUGGGGAAACAACUUGUUAAAUAUUUUGUGGUAGAUGCGUUCACCGACUCAGCGUUCAAGGGGAACCCAGCGGGGGUGUGUUUGUUAGAAGAAGAGAAAGAUGAGAAAUGGUUGCAAGCUGUCGCUACUGAGUUCAAUUUCCCCGGAAGCUGCCAUUUGACUCGCAUUAAUGACUCAGGUUUUUUUUCUUCAAAUCCCAGAUUCCACCUUAGGUGGUUUACUCCUGUUGCUGAGAUUAAGCUUUGUGCUCAUGCAACACUAGCAGCUUCACACACUCUCUUCUCUAAUAAUUUGGUAAAUUCUAACAUAAUUGAGUUUGCUACACUAUCUGGGAUUUUGACUGCUAAGAAAAUUCCUGAAACCAGCAAUGACAAAUCAAAAGAGGGAUUUCUAAUUGAAUUAGACUUCCCAGUAGUCCCCACUAUCGAAUUCAACUCUGUUGAUCUUGCUCCAAUUUCUAAAGCUCUGAAUGGUGCUUCUAUCAUUGAUAUCAAAAGGACUGCUGUCUCAGAUGACCUCUUUAUUGUGGUGCCAUCUGCUAAAGUUGUUACAGAAUUAGAGCCUCAGUUUGAUGAGGUACUAAAACUUCCUGGAAGAGGCUUGAUUGUUACUGGGGUUGCUCCAUCAGAUUCUGGCUUUGAUUUUUAUAGUCGAUUCUUUUGCCCUAAAAUGGGGGUCAAUGAGGAUCCUGUUUGUGGAAGUGCGCAUUGUUCUAUAGCCCCCUAUUGGAGUAAAAAGCUGGGGAAGUGCGAUUUUAUGGCAUAUCAGGCGUCAGCAAGAGGUGGAAUAUUGGACAUUCAUUUUGAUGAGCAGAAGCAACGAGUGCUGCUGCGAGGAAAAGCUGUUUCUGUGAUGGAAGGCUGUCUUUUCGUUUAGAUUUUUGGAAUUAUUCCUACCGUGCAUGUAUAAUAAUUUGGAGUGAUGGAAUCAUUGAAUUGAAGAUUUCCUUUCAAUCCCAAUUGAAAAUUCUGUAUCUGUGAACUGGUUUGAUGCGUGUCAAUGAACACCUUCUCUUAUGUAUCCAUUUCAGAUUAUUUUUUCCA